AUGGCUAUUAGACAGAAAACACCAGCAUUGGCCAGUGGUUUUACUCGAGGUCCAGUUCAAAUUGUUCGAUCAUCACUGCCUUAUCAGAUCCUCCUUUACUUGAACCAGUGGUAUUUUGGCCUCUUUUUUCUGGCUGAAUUACUCCUAUAUAUUUUCAAAGGUCAAACAUUGCCUUUUGCUCCUCAAAUUCUUCCAAUAGAAAUUGUUUUAAUCUUUAUUUUGCUUCUGCUGGAAUUUUUUCGCAUCUUCUUUGGCAAAAAAGGCAAUCUCACUGAACGCAUCAGUAGUAUGAGUGCAAGUAUCUUUUUGAGCAUUCCAUCUUUAAUAGGUGUUUUGUACAUAGCCUUUUGGCAGACUUAUGUUCUACGCAUUGAACUUAUUCUUGCAUCAAUCCAGACCACCUUCAUCAGCUUAGAGCUUAUAUUUGCCAUCCUGUCAGUGAUAACUUUUGCAAGAGCCACACCAUAUUAA